AUGGGAGCCCAUGCUCGCGGUCCCUCGACGUCGCAUUCGCGCGAGACGUCGCUUGAGCGGCCUAUGAAUCCCAUGUUUAUUGAUCCGGGUGAUACUCGUGAAGGAUGGGAUGGCGCGUCGAGUGAGUUGGAUGUGCUAGCGGAAGGGGUGACCUCGGCUACCUCGGCGCAGCAGCUCGCCGCGUCGACAGCGCUGGCCGCGGAAGCGGGCUGUCUAUCCACCGGUGUCGACCUUGUCAACUUGGGGCAGGACGACAAGGCGGUGGCGUUCAUCAACAUCACGCCGCCUAUGCCGGCCGAGUCAGCACCGCUCUUUGAGAGCUUGCAAAAGUGUCUGCGUAUGCGUGACAAGUACAUGAGCGAAAGCUUGCAAGGCGAUUUGUUUGCCAACCCCAAGAACUGGGACGCAGAGUACUGUACGGAGUGGGCGCAGGAGCACAAUGUCGAGCUGCCUACGCCGCCCAUGUGCAGCGAGCCUGGGUCCGUGCGGAUUGAUGGCUGUGCGUACGACGAGGAGCGGCAGCAGCCGAAACCAUGGCGCAUUUAUCCGCCGCCGCCACGUCCGCAUUGGGAGCAGUUUACGCCGGCGCCAGCCUCGUCGUUUGUGGCUCGACCGAGCUCGGGCGAUCCCAUUUCGCCUGCGUCCGUGGCGAAUGUGAUCGCGGCUCAGCAGCUGCUGGAAAGCUGCGGUGGGAAGCCCGGGAUUUUCCGGAUGAGCGACUUGUCUAUGCCGCCGCGGCAUGUUGUGCGGGGGCACGAGGUGCAUUAUGGCACCGUGGAUGGCGUCUUCCAAGUCUGGACCGAGAAUGGGGAGAACGAGACGACAGAAGACGACGCUUCGUCCCGGCAGUACCUAACGCACGUCACAUCCAGCCAGGAUUGGUACCAUGACUUGGAUCUGCUGCAUAGCAUCACAGUCGAUGGGCCAACGAAGACGUUUGCGUGGCGUCGUCUCAAGCUGCUGGAAGGCAAGUGGAACCUGUACAAGCUGCUGAACGAGUACCGCGAGUCGGAUAUGCUGAAGAAGGUAUCGCACCGUGACUUUUACAAUGUACGUAAAGUCGAUACCCACGUGCAUCACAGUGCGAGUAUGAACCAAAAGCACUUGCUGCGCUUUAUCAAGGCCAAGAUCAAGCGUCAUUCCGAUGAUGUCGUACUGCUGCAGGACGGCCAGCCGAUGACACUUCACGAAGUGUUCCAGUCGCUGGGCUUGACAGCGUACGAUCUGAGCAUUGAUACCCUGGAUAUGCAUGCACAUCAUGACUCGUUCCACCGCUUCGAUCGGUUCAAUUUGAAGUACAAUCCGAUUGGCGAUUCAAAGCUGCGCGACAUUUUCCUCAAGACGAACAACUAUAUCGGUGGGCGCUACUUGGCCGAGAUUACCAGGGAGGUCACGUCGGAUCUCGAGCAGAGCAAGUACCAGAUGUGCGAGUACCGUAUCUCGAUCUAUGGCCGCAGUCUCGAUGAAUGGGACAAGCUCGCGAGCUGGGUCGUGGAUCAUCAUCUGUUCAGCCCGAAUGUGCGUUGGCUGAUUCAAGUCCCGCGGCUGUACGAGGUGUACAAAGCGAACGGCAACAUUGACAACUUUGAAGACCUGCUCAACAAUGUGUUCCGCCCGUUGUUUGAGGUGACACACGACCCUUCGUCGCAUCCGAAGUUGCACAUUAUGCUGCAACGUGUGAUUGGGUUCGAUCUGGUCGACGACGAAAGCAAGCCGGAGCGCCGCUUCUUGCGGCAGUUCCCUCCUCCACGGCAGUGGAACUAUACACAGAGCCCGCCGUAUUCAUACUGGAUCUACUACAUGUAUGCCAACAUGACGACGCUCAAUCAGUGGCGCCGAGCGCGUAGCUUUAAUACGCUGGUUCUGCGGCCCCACGCAGGCGAGGCGGGCGAUCCUGAGCACUUGGCCUCGACGUACCUCUCUUCCCAAUCCAUUUCGCACGGCAUUCUCUUGCGCAAAGUGCCGGUCUUGCAGUACUUGUACUACCUGAAACAGAUCCCGCUGGCCAUGUCGCCUCUCAGCAACAAUGCGCUGUUCUUGGCGUACGAGCGGAAUCCGUUCCCAGAGUACUUCCGCAAGGGUCUCCUCGUGACCUUGUCGACGGACGAUCCGCUGCAAUUCCACCUGUCAAAAGAGCCGCUGCUUGAAGAGUACAGUAUCGCGACACAGAUCUACAAGCUCUCGUCUACGGAUAUGUGCGAAUUGGCGCGGAACAGUGUGCUGCAGUCCGGCUGGGAGAUGGAAAUCAAGCGGCACUGGCUGGGCCGCCGCUUCUUCGUGCCUGGCCCCGGUGGAAACGACGUGACCAAGACCAAUGUGCCCGAUCUGCGUUUGCAGUACCGCAACGAUACACUCAAGCAGGAGCUGUCGUUUGUAUGGCAGCGUCCCGCGACCGAAUUGUAG